AUGCUGGAGAGCUGUGACCAUGCGUUUUGCCUCAGCUGCAUUCGCGGCUGGCGGCGUGAGCGAGAACAGCAGGACAAGCAGAACUUGCGGCUGUGUCCUGUCUGCCGUAACGAAUCCUUCUAUGUCAUACCCAGCGACUCCAUCAUCCUCGAUCCAGAGGAGAAGCGAAGGGUGAUCGACGAGUACAAGCAGGAGAUGGGACGCAUCCCUUGCAAGCUCUUCGAUUAUGGCAGAGGCAAUUGCCCCUUCGGAACCAGCUGCUUCUACGCCCAUCUGAACCCCGAUGGCACGCGUUACAUCCCACCGCCGCUGAAGUGGAUGAGGGGUGCAGAGGGCAGCGAAGUGAAGUCGGAAGUGAAGCUCUCCGACUUCUUUGACUGA